AUGUGCUCCUCUCCAUAUACUUCACCAGGUAAUAUCUUGGAAAUAGUUCUUUUAAUUCCAUUCUCAGAGCAAUUGUUUGAGCACACCAUUUUAUACAUGUCUGUUUCACUGUUUUUCUUAGCAGAUUUCGUUCCCUCAACACCGCGUGAGAUGCAUUCCAUUUUGAAAUCCAUCAUGUCCAUAUCCAUCAUUUCAUCCAAUUCCAUUAACAUCUUGUGAAGUGAAUCGUCUGCUCUCUUCAGUUCCUCCAAACUUGGGAGAUCAGGGGUGACUUUCCUGGAAUCCUGCUUCCGAGUGCUCUUUAUUCCCAAUAGCCGAUACAUUUUCUCUGUGUAUUGGAUCAUUUUCUGUAUUAGGAGACGAUAACGGGGUAGGCGUUGAACUGGAGCCAGAAGAUAGGUUGUGAUAUCAUUAAACUCGCAUGUAGGGUGGGAUUGAAGUUGUCUUAGUUGCUUCCGCAAACUAGCAGGUCCUGUUUUCAUCUUGCUAAGCGUUUGUAUAGAACCGGAGAACUCAGAGAGGUAGCGAGUAUAAAGUUUGAAUAGACUCGAAGUUGACCAAACGGGAGCUCCACAGUAAGAUGAAUUAUGAUUCGUCCCUAACGGCCUACGACCUUCAAUCAUUUCUAGGAGAACAGAGAAUGGAGAAGAGGAAUCUUGGGAGACUUCAUUACAAUUUGAAGAUGAUUUGAUUUCAUUUUCACCGGUUGAUUUACUGCUAAGGUGUCGCCUGUGGGGUCGAUGA